AGCAUCGAGAGUGACUUUAAUAAUUUUUGAGUCACACGCGCACGCGAGCACUUUGUAGUUUAUCGUAGCUUUUUUUCAUUUUACAUUUAGUCGAAACGUUGUUGAGCGCGAAACAUGUCAUUUCUAUAUAGACAGGAAAUAAAAUCGCUACAGGAAGAAAUGCCAAACACUUUUAUAAUUGGCAUAAUUAUGCACAGUGCAAACGUUCGAACGUUUACCGCCACUCGAACAAAAUUUAAUAAUGGUGAACGUAGUGUAUGGACAUUUAUUUUACGAGAUACUGAAGAAGAUUUUAUUAAUGUCACAGUGUGGGGAAGUACGGAAUUCAUAAAAAAAUUAUCAUCUACUUUUAAUAUCGGAUCUGUAGUGGAAGUAAUAAGCGCGAGAAUUAUAAAACGCCAGCCUAAUGAUAGAAAUGAGCAAUUCGUACCAUCAACUUCUAGUCCUUUCGCUCUAAUUGUGAACGAAGGUACAGCUCUCAUACAUAAUCACGAUGCACCUACUCGUGAACAAUAUAAAAAUUUGCUGACGCGACCUAUCAAAAGAGUGACCUCCGCGAAAAAUUUGAAAGACAUUCUAGAUAACAUCGAGGCUUUGUGUGAUCGCUUAGUUGAUCUUCUUGUUGUUGUCACGUUUAUUGGCGAUACACGUAAUAUAAUAACUCGAAACGGACAAGCUUUAACAUGUCGCAAUUUCGAAGUUACGGAUGAAUCGAUGGAUAAUAAUAUGGUAUCGUUGAUAUUAUGGGACAAGGAUUGGGUGGAAAGAUCUGCUUUUUGGGAACCGAAACAGACAAUAUUAUUCUUGGUUGAUGCUCGCAUCGCAUACGAUAAUUAUAAAAAAAAAAUGGCCUUAAGUAUUUCAAGAAAGACGCUAAUUACAGAAUGCCCGGAUAUACCUGAAGCCGCAAACAUUAUAAAUGCGAUACAGCAUUAUGAUCCUGAUUCCAUAUGCAAUGACUCAUUCAUUAUACCAAAUCCAAACACCAUCACAACCGUAAUGACAAUACAACAAAUCACGGAAAAGUUACAGAAAAUAAAGGUGAAUAAUACGAAAAGCGAGAGAUUACAAUUCGCAACAAUUGUAAAUAAGGCUUCGGUGACUGAUAUAAAUUUGGAUGGUUCGCUCAAAGAUGUAAUUUCUAUAAAAUGCGCUCUGUGUAAAAAGAUUGUCUUGAAUGUGAAAGAGUCUUGUAUGAACCUGAAUUGCCCAUCGGGCAACGGAAGCCAAGCGCCGCUAAACACUGUAAAGUUUAACAUAAAAGUUAAUUUGAAGGAUGACACUGGAUAUCUUAUAGGAUGUCGUUUGACCGGGGAUAUCGCAGAGCGAGUUAUGGGGUGUACAGCCGAGGAAUUUCAGGCAAUGACGAUAGAUCGCACCAAAUUGAAAUGGUUAUAUUUAUUAGAAUCUACUACCGUUCGCCUACAUAUUCUCGGACCGACUUCAACUUUUCCAUAUGUUCUGUACAACAUUUUAUCUAUUCAGCAUUGCCUCGAUGAAAUUUAUGCAAACGAGCAAAUUACUAUGCCUAAGAAUUAAAAAUUAAUCUCUUUUCUUUAGUUACUUUUAUAUUUUGAACAAAUCAUUAUGAUAAUUUGCUCAAAUUUUGUUAUAAAGGUUUGACAUUGUUAUAAAGAUCACGACAGAUUACUACGUAUGUUUGUUUUACAUACAUAAAAUUAUU